AGAGAGAGAUUGCGUGUGACAUACGUAUAUCGCUAGCCGGAUCUAGCUUCUAUCAUUACUGUGAUUACACCACAUCACGAAGAGACCAAUCAAGACAGAAAGGGAAAAUAGAACUAAGACUUCACGAUGCCGUCGGCGAUUCCAAGCACCAGCAAUACCAACACAGUCACCUUCACUACAACCUCCAAGACUGCCGCCUCCUCCAAGACCCCUUCCCCCAAGACCUCUUCUCCCAAGACUUCUUCUUCUUCUUCUUCUUCUUCUUCUUCUUCUUCUUCUUCUUCUUCUUCUUCUUCUUCUUCUUCUACAUCCCAAUCCACGACCCACCCGGCCAACCGCAAACGAAGCAAAGACAAGAACGGCAGCGCCAGACCCACCACGCCGUCCGCCAACCGGUCGCCCAUCGUGCACAGCCUCUACGAGCCCACGACGCAGAUCUGGCAAUACGUCAUCGCGGACCCGACGACGCUGCACUGCGUGAUCAUCGACCCGGUGCGCGAGCACAGCGCCGAGGAGGUGCAGAUCCACACGACCAACGCCGACGCCCUGCUGAACCUGAUCGCGGCGCGGAGGUACCGCGUCGACCACAUCCUCGAGACCAACGCCUCGCCGCGCCACUCCCGCUCCGCCGCCUGGUACAUGCGCAUGCAGCUGCUGGACUCCCAGGGCUACGCGCCCGGGUACAGCAGUCUCGGCGGCACGGCGAGCGCGCUGGCCCGGCUCUUCGACCGCAAGUACGGGGACAAGGGGCGGCUGGCGCCGCAUGUGGGCGAUGAUUUCGUCGAGUCGGAGAGCGUGGCCGUGGGCAGGAUGCGGAUCUAUGCGAUGGAUCUGCCUGGGUUUAGUACGGAGAAGAGGAGGGUGUACAUCAUCGGCCCGCAUGUCUUCGGUGCGCACGGGGUGGCGAUGGGCACGGAGAUCGCGGAACUGACCAGGGAGGAUGGCACGGUUUUGGGGAUGGCGUCGAGGCAGAGUCGCGAUUCGAGACUUUGGGCGUCGAUUCAGACGGUGCUGUCGAUGCCGGAGACGGUGAAGAUCUUCUUUGACAGUGGGCCUGCGACGGCCUUCGCGGAGGGACCGUUCGAUACCAUCGCGAGGUGUCGUCUGGUCAAUCGCUAUGUCGGUUUGAAUCUUCAGCAGUUCGUCAUCCGGAGGGAGGGCGAGAGGCGCGCGAUCGAGGAUGAGGCGACCCGCGUGCAGGCCAGCGGCCAUGGGAGGAAGAAGAGCAAGGACGAGUUUGGGCUUUGCGAAGAAGAAGUCGCAGAAAUUCGACCGAUCGGUGCGGUAUGAUGAGUGGUCGGACAGGGCACAAUUGAUCGGUGGACGGCAGAUUGCUGUGUAGAGAUAUCGAAGUGGACUUUUUUUCUCUUCUGCCGUGGG